UUUUGCUUAUUUUUUUGGUUUAACUUUUAUAGUAUAUAAGUGUCGUACUGUCUUAGUGAAAUUAGUGUAACGUUACAUAUAUCUACUCGCAGAUCGUAGCUAAAAUUAAAAAUAAGGACAGUAUUACUUCAUGCAGGUAUUGAACACAGAUACUGACAGGAUGAGCGAUCAUUUGUUACAUACUAACGAUUUUAAUCAACACAAAAUUGUGUAUUGCGGAAACAAUACCAAAAUUCAAGGAACGCCGAUACAAACAUUCUAUGCGAACCAGUCGAUCUUCAUUACAGGCGGAACUGGAUUCCUCGGAAAGGUCUUGAUUGAGAAAUUGCUGCGAAGUUGUCCCAAUAUCUCCAAGAUAUACAUGAUGAUAAGAUCAAAGAAAAACAAGAGCGCCACGAGUAGACUGGCCGAAAUCUUCGAGAGUUCCCUGUUCGAGCGAAUAAAGGAGGAGAUGCCGAAUUUUCAUGAGAAGGUCGUGCCCCUCUUGCAAGUUGGUGAAUUGGACGAAGAGUGCCUAGGACUUACGAAGCAUGAUAUAGACCAAGUGAUAAGUGAGGUAUCGAUAAUUUUCCACUUAGCAGCGACUGUACGCUUCAAUGAGGACAUAAAAGUCGCUACAAAAAUAAACGUGUACGGCACCUGCGCUAUUUUAAACUUGGCCAAACGUAUGCCAAACUUAAAGUCAUUCAUUCACGUCUCGACUAUAACUGCUAACUACUUCACCGCGGUAACACACAUAGAAGAAUGUUUCUACAAAUAUCCUAUUGACCCUAAAAAAUUUAUUACACUAAUGCGAACGUCGUCUGAAAACACGAUUGACGAGAAGAUAUUAAGAGCCGCUGCACAGUGGCCCAACACUUACACAUUCACAAAAGCAAUCGCUGAAGUAGCUAUUAGAGACAGUAGCGGAAGUUUGCCGGUCGGAAUUUUUCGGCCAUCCGUGGUGACAAAUACUGCCCGCGAACCGCUCGUGGGAUGGAUAGACAAUUAUCUUGCAGCAAUGGGGGUGGUAGCGCCUUUCUCUAAAGGUUUAACAAGGUUUAUUUUGUGCAAUCCUGAUUGCAUGGCAUAUUUUGUACCUGUUGAUAUUACUAUAAAUGCUCUAAUCGCAAGUGCGUGGGAUGUUUUUAAUCAACCGCACAGGAAAGGCGAAAAAAUGUUAAUUUAUAAUAGCGUAUUCACGAAAGACGCCCCUUUGUCUUUUGGUGAUUAUUUUGCUCACGUACGACUAAAUGCUCGAAAAUAUCCGACGAAACACUGCUAUUGGAUGCCAACUAUUACGUUAAUCAGCAAUAAAAUUAUAUACACAAUAUGCAUUUGGUUCGGACACCUGUUACCCGCAAUAUUCAUUGAAAUUUUUCAAAAAUGCAUAGGUGCUCCGCAAAGCAUAUGGAAAUUGUAUGGUAAUAUUCACAAAUUCAAUAACAUGAUCAGUUACUUUAUGAUGAACAACUGGACUCAUACAAAUGACAACAUGCAGGCGCUCUGGCGACGCAUGAAUAAAAAUGAUCAGUUUUUAUUCGACUUUAACAUGAAAGGUUUCGAUUGGUCGAAAUAUUUGGAAGAUCAUUUCAGAGGUAUGCGUCUUUAUCUGCUUAAGGAUGAUUUGAGCACUUUGGAAGUCAGUCGUAUCAAAUGGAAAAGAUUGUAUUGGAUACAUCAAGUGACUAAGAUCGUGCUUACAUUCAUCGUCUUCAUGUUGGUCUGGAAGCUAUUUACAGAAAUAUUUUUGUAAUCUAGAUUUUACAGAAAUAUUUACAGAGCUAUUUACAGAAAUAUUUUUGUAAUCUAGAUUUAUUUCAUGCACAGUUAUAAUAUUAAUUGGACGCUAUAAGCACGCAUUAUAUAAUUUUGGUGAGAGGUAAUGUUAAAAAAAUGGUUUUUAUGUAAAAAUAUUAAAUUUUAUCAUAACUUCAUGUCAUUUCAAGGAGGAUAAUGGUAUACUUUAAGUUUCUUUUUGAAAUGCAGAAUCCGAUAUUUAAGCCAGCCAAAUAAAUUCAUCUGUCUUAUA